GACUGGCAGGCGGCCAUCAGACCACCGUCGCGGUGUCGGUGUUAGCGGCAGUCGCAGGUUCAGGUGUGGCAGCAGCAGGUGGUUCCCAUGACAACCAGGAUCUGAGUGGUCCUGGUUCAACAGGUCCUGCAGGUCCAAUAGUUCUCUCUGGUGUCUCUAAACCAACAGGAUCUGACGGAGUCGACUUUGAGUCCAAUGGUAACGGACAGAAACUGCUGAAUGGAGGAGGAGGGGGCGGGGGUUACAGUCAGACAGGUGUUUUGGGUCCGUUUGGGGGCGGAGCUUCUUCCCUGGAUUAUACAGGAACCAUCGACCCUUCCAGUCAUGACUUCCUACUCGGCCUGAUGGGUCACGUGACUCUGCCCACUCACCUGGACUCUACAGAUCAUCCCUCUGACGUCAGCAUCGACCAAUCAGGAGUAGCCUCUCCGAGCUCCGACCAAUCGCUACCCAGCGCUGGCUUAUCCCACUCUCCAGCCGACGCAGCUUCAUCACAGAGGGAAACUCACAGAGUUCAGACAGACGGGGCCGAGUCACCGGACACUAACGGGAACGGUCGACAGACAAUACUGACCGUCACAAAUGCAGGUAAACUAUCCGUUCUGUCUGUAGUCAUGUCUGUAGUCCUGUCUGUAGUCUGA